GCAUCCCUGGGGGUGGUCUGGUCUCAACUGCUUGACGUUGGGUGUACCAGGGUGUGUUACGUGCACUUGUGUGUGUUUUAGGGGAGAGGAGCAUUGGAUCUCAUCAGUUUCUCAAGAGUCUAGGACCCCCAAAAUGGUUAAGAACACGGGCUUAGCCGUGGACAUUCCCUGAAAGACGUGAACUUGGCCUGGUUGCUCCUCUAAUGCUCCAGGUCACCACACCCUGGAUUUUCACGACUGUGUGUUUGCAUCUUGCUGUGCAAGAGUAGUGUUUUGUUUUAGUUUUUGUCUUAUUUUCCCCACCAAACUGCCCAACGGCGCUGUGCCCUCUUGUCGGCCAGCCUGUGGUUGCCAUGGUUCAGGGCUUCAACCGUGGUGGCUUUGCAGUUGCCGUAAUCACUUGAACUGACUUCACUGGUGUGUGUAAGGAGAACAGCCUGGAAGGCAGGCACAGACUAUUCAACCUUUGUUCUGAGUUGGACAUAAAUUCAUGCCCAUAUUGAAUUUGGGUCUGGCUAUCUUUGGAACCCAGCCAAUGUCAAGUUCUAACCCAUGACAUGGUCUUUUCAGAGAAGCACAAACUCGGGAGAAAUCAGGCUGCUUUGUCAAGCCCUCACCCCUUCCAGCCUGCAUGCAUACAAACUGUUCCAAGUAACAGGAGAUGUUUCCAUGGCUGAGCCGUGCUUUCCUUGGCAUGUGAUCCAGUCACCCUGAACAUCUGUUGGCCUCAUCACACCCGAACCCUGCAGUCUGCAGUCCCACGUCGCCCUCCUUCCAUCCGCCUUCGGCCGCUAGAGCCUCAGCCCUCCCUCUCGCCCGGGAAGCCUUGCCCCCGCCCCUUCGCGCCGGCCCCAGCUACUGCUCUCAGCUCUUCCUUUGUCACAGCUCCGCCCAGUCGGACACACCCGCUGGGGAAGUUUCCUCCAUUUCUUCCCCAGUGGUCUGGGGUCUGAGUUUACACUGGCAGAGAUGGACCGUCCAAAACCCAAGGUCCUCCCGGCGGGGCACUGCUGCCCCUCCCUGGGAAUGCGGGCCUGGGAGGCCGGCAGCGCGAGGCUCUCAGUGCCACCCUCCAUCAGCAGGAGCUCGGCCAUGGUGAACGAACCCAGAGGGCAUGGCGGCCCCAGCCCCCGCUGGGAGGGCAGCAGCAGUGGCAGCGAGAGCUCCAAGGAUAGUUCAAGGUGUUCCACACCGGUGCUGGACCCGGAACGACACGAGAGGCUCAGGGAGAAGAUGAAGCGGAGGAUGGAAUCUGGUGACAAGUGGUUCUCCCUAGAAUUCUUCCCUCCUCGAACUGCUGAGGGAGCUGUCAAUCUCAUCUCAAGGUUUGACCGGAUGGGGGCAGGUGGUCCCCUCUUCAUAGAUGUGACCUGGCAUCCAGCAGGGGACCCUGGCUCAGACAAGGAGACUUCGUCCAUGGUGAUCGCCAGCACCGCCGUGAACUACUGUGGCCUGGAGACCAUCCUGCACAUGACCUGCUGCCAUCAGAGCCGGGAAGAGAUCACAGGCCACCUGCACAAGGCCAAGCGUCUGGGCCUGAAGAACAUCCUGGCGCUGAGGGGAGACCCCGUAGGUGACCAGUGGGAAGAGGAGGAAGGAGGCUUCAGCUAUGCCGUAGACUUGGUGAAGCACAUCCGAAGCGAGUUUGGUGACUACUUCGAUGUCUGUGUGGCAGGUUACCCCAAAGGCCACCCCGACUCAGAGAGCUUUGAGGCUGACCUGAAGCACCUGAAGGAGAAGGUGGCAGCGGGAGCCGACUUCAUCAUCACCCAGCUUUUCUUUGAGGCUGACACUUUCUUCCGCUUUGUUAAGGCUUGCUCCGAGAUAGGCAUUACUUGCCCCAUCCUCCCCGGAAUCUUCCCUAUUCAGGGCUACCACUCCCUCCGGCAGCUUGUAAAGCUGUCCAAGCUGGAAGUGCCCCAGCAGAUCAAGGACGUGAUCGAGCCAAUCAAAGACAACGACGCUGCCAUCCGCAACUACGGCAUCGAGCAGGCGCUGAGCCUGUGCCAGGAGCUUCUGGCAAGCGGCUUGGUGCCGGGCCUGCACUUCUACACCCUCAACCGCGAGAUGGCCACCACAGAGGUGCUGAAGCGCCUGGGCAUGUGGAUCGAGGACCCCAGACGUCCCCUGCCCUGGGCCAUCAGUGCCCACCCCAAGCGCCGGGAGGAAGAUGUCCGUCCCAUCUUCUGGGCCUCCAGACCAAAGAGUUACAUUUAUCGCACCCAGGAGUGGGAUGAGUUCCCCAACGGCCGCUGGGGCAACUCCUCCUCUCCGGCCUUUGGGGAGCUGAAGGACUACUACCUCUUCUACCUGAAGAGCAAGUCCCCAAAGGAAGAGCUGCUGAAGAUGUGGGGGGAGGAGCUGACCAGUGAAGAAAGUGUCUUUGAAGUCUUUGCCCACUACCUCUCGGGAGAGCCCAACCAGAACGGCUAUAAGGUGACUUGCCUGCCCUGGAACGAUGAGCCCCUGGCGGCCGAGACCAGCCUGAUGAAGGAGGAGCUGCUGCGAGUGAACCGGCGGGGCAUCCUCACCAUCAACUCCCAGCCCAGCAUCAACGGGAAGCCGUCCUCCGACCCCGUCGUGGGCUGGGGCCCCGGCGGGGGCUAUGUCUUCCAGAAGGCCUACUUAGAGUUCUUCACUUCCCGAGAGACAGUGGAGGCGCUUUUGCAGGUGCUGAAGAAGUACGAGCUCCGGGUGAAUUACCACAUCGUGGAUGUGAAGGGUGACAACAUCACCAACGCCCCCGAGCUGCAGCCCAACGCCGUCACGUGGGGCAUCUUCCCUGGGCGAGAGAUCAUCCAGCCCACAGUGGUGGACCCGGUCAGCUUCAUGUUCUGGAAGGACGAGGCCUUCGCCCUGUGGAUCGAGCAGUGGGGCAAGCUGUAUGAGGAGGAGUCCCCGUCCCGCAUGAUCAUCCAGUACAUCCAUGACAACUACUUCCUGGUCAACCUGGUGGACAACGAGUUCCCGCUGGACAGCUGCCUGUGGCAGGUGGUGGAAGACACGUUUGAGCUUCUCAACAGGCCCCCCCAGAACAAGAGCGAGACGGAGGCGCCGUGAGCCUGAGCCCUGACACCCUUAGCUUGAGGCCACUGUGUCCCGCCUUCCUCCUCUCCGUCCUGGUUCUCUGGGAGACCCCCGUUCUCCUUCACGUCCCCCCACCCCCUAACACGACAAUGGCAGCUAGACUGGUGUGCGGGUUCCAGGCUCUGGCUGGACCGGAGUCCGCCCCACACGGGAGCCAGGUGUUCCCUGCUCGGCUGAGAGUCUGUGCUCCGGUGGGAAGCAGCCCCACCCCCCAGAGGAGCACGUGGGCAGAACGCAACCUCCCUGAGAAGGGUUUAGGAGCCAGCCUGGGACUGCCAGUGACCUUGCUCUUGGGGCCUAUGGAGGACAAGCAAAGCGAACGUGGCCGUGGGCUCUGUGGGAUUGCAGAGGAGACAUGGCAAGGUCAAGGCGCUGCAGGCUUCCACCUCCAAGGCGCUGGCAGCCAGGCAAGACCCGCUCGGGAAUGAAGGGGCGGACCACUGCCCUGCCAGGCACUGGCCCCUGGACGGACCUAGGACUGAAACCUAAUAGUUUUCACCUCCUAGCCGAGAGCUCAGCUGUUUCUCCCUUUUCUACGGCGCUGCUUUUUGAAACAGUUGUCUCUGUUCCCGUGGCUCGAGAGAGAAAGUGCCUCUGAAGGGUUAAAGGUGUCAACCUUUGUGCGUGGUGGAGCCCUUGGCCUUACCUUUUCUCCCCUGGCUCUGAGGGGUGAAGGGAUACCCUGCCUGUUGCCAUCGAGGGUGAAGAUGAGGUUGGCCCGAGCAGGACUGACUUCCUCCUGGCUUAUUUUCUGGGCAGGACCUCCUCCUGCCCGCUGCUCCCUCCCCUCUGUGCACCCUGUCCUGGAAGCUGUCUGUCUGGCAGUGCUCCCCAGGCCUCAGCCCUCAAGCCGCACUACCCAGGGGCUGUGACUGACACGUGCACGUAGGCUGGUCCCCGUGCCAGUCCCUGCUUGCGGGUCUUCACCGCUCAGGGCAAGGAGAGGGGGCCGGUCGUCCACAGGGCAGCCUGACGGCAGAGGAAGCAGGUCAGAGGGGCUGGCUGGGUGGGACGGGGGGCAGCCUUUAGGAGAGACUGAGAGAAGCAGCUGGGGCUAAGGAGGGCGUUUCAUUGUCCUUCAGAGCUCUUGGCCUGAGCGCCUUGUGCCUGAGCCUGUACUCCUCAGGUGGGUGGGGCUCCGAUCUGUUUUCCUUUCCAGGGGAACGGGUCACAGCUGCUGCUGGGCCCCCUGCUUCACCCCAAGUCCAUCAAGCACAGGGGCUCUGGCAGCUUCCCGCCCGCUCCCCGGCCUCGCACUGCUGCUGGGUCUGCUCCUCAGGCCCCUGCUGCCAGGCGCCGGUGCCGUGUUUCAGAGGCCUGGAAUCAGGCAGCGGGAAGCUCUUUGGCUCCCUCCUGGGCACGUGCAGUCAGUGCUGGAAGAACUCCGGGGCCCAGCUCCUUCUGCCCCCAGGGAAGAGGAGGCCCUUCCCUCUGCCCCAGGCCAAACGCACAGGCUCGGAAGUGAUGGGACCUGUGAUCAGGGAAGCUGGGCUCUGAGCGCGUACCAGGGAGGGGCGCCCAGCACAGGCGCGUGUGAGCAGCAGCUGUGCCACAGGCCGAGCCCUGUCCCCAGACCAGUGACAGGGCAGGACCGUGCUCAGCACGUGGUCACCAGCUGAACGAAGGGCUCUGGAAUCCAGGCUGUUUUCUCUAACUGAACUGACCUCUCCCCUGAAAAAGAAGGGGUUCUGGAGGCAGCAAGCAGGGAGGGCUGCAGCUCAGGAAUGGGCAGGCGUGGCACUGCUAGGAAGGGCCUGCUGGGGGCGGGGCCGCCCCCCCCCCCAGUACCUGGGAAUGGACCCAGCUGUCGUCUUGUUGCUGUAAUCGCUGAGACACCUGCAGCCGCAGGGCCCGCCGUCGCCAGGCCCGCCUCAGGUGCCACUGCCUGAGCUAUGGGGACAGUCGCGAGAGGCCCCGAGCUGGGCCCACCACUGUCCCCGGCCCGGCAGCCCCCAGCCCCUCUGCUGCCUCUCCCUGCCUGCAGCUCUGCGGCACUGGGAGGAAGGGGAUGUGACGAGGAGGUGUCAUCUGAGCUGUGUUAACAGUGCAGGUUCCUGCAGCUGUUCCCGAGCUUUCAGGCUUGGUAGGUCCAAAGGCCUGAACUUCCUUUCAGAGACUGCGUUUCCAGGGAUUAGGGCUGGGAACGGGACGUGACGGGAGAUCAGUGUGAGGGUGGGGAGGGGCCGCCCCACUCACCAGUGUCGGCGCCAGCUUGUCCGUCCCCCGAGCAUCUACCCAGCACUGCCGUGCAGCUGCCCGGGCCUCGCCUGCGGGGGAACCCCGGAGCCCGGAGCCGGCGAAGCAGUGCCUCAGGGCGCCAGCGCUGCAGGUACUUCCUCCUGAGGGGAGAGGCCCUGGUGUGUGUCCUGACAGCCAAGGGCAUCACGACCCCUUCAUGGCCAGGAAAGAGGGCAGAGCCACGGGCCUGGAACCUGGGCCGCAGAAUCCUGCGGGACGAGCACCGGCCAGGGAGGGCCCAGGUCAGGCAAGCCCCUCAGCCCAGCCCACGCCCUCAGCCCUCCCUCUCCACCCCUACUCUCAGCCCUUCCUCUCCACAUACAUGCGCUCUGCUCCCACCCCAGACACCUUUUCUUAGCCUCGCCUUUGCCCUUGAGGUCUUUGGUCUCAGAGCUGUGGUCCCCUUCUGGCCCCACAGGGCGCUGGCCCUGCGCCCAGCAGGCGCAUCUGGGCCCCGGCAGCUGGAGCUGGGAGGGGAGGCUCUCUGUCACCUGGCAAAGGGGCGUCGGAAGAGGUUAACACAUCAUUCAGGGGAGUAAGCUCUCCCCCCGGUACUUCUGGAAGCUGAGCCCUAGGAAGAGAGUUAACAAGAAAUGGUGUUGAGCCUGUGUCCCUGCUUCCACCACCUCUGCCCACACCUCCUGCAAAGGCUUGGGCUGUGGCCCCGAAGGGUGGGGCCGGAGAAAUUGUAAUUGUUUUCUCAAAAUUGUGAAAUAUUCCAGAAGAGGAGAUGGGUGGGGAAAACAGUAAAUACGUAAGACAGA